AUGAACAAAAGGAAAGCUUCAGUAGAUAGAAACAUCAGGCAGAAAGCAUCGUCCAGACGGCCAAGCACAAUGAGUUUGCACGCGAAACCGAAUACCGUGCAACAAAAAUUUUUUAAAACCGAGAAAUUACCAUCUACGCACGAUCUCAUCGAUUCGAACGAUCCUUCAAAACUGAUCAACGAAGCCGUGGACGUUUCUAUGCCGAAGACAAGGUUUAGCUCUCAAGACAGAUGCAAAGAGUCUAGGUCUUGUUCCUCGCCGAGACUCAAGUAUUUCCCCGCGGAGAAAAUUAAAAAGUUGGAAAGUCCUCCGCCUUUUUCUCCCAAACCAAUAGGUGCUUUAAUCGCACAGCAAGAUCCUCGAGAAUGUGGAAUCGUGUACGUGGCUGGACAUCCUGAGCAAUGUCGCGACACUGGCCAAGGUGACGCUACAGCGGUCACGCAUCAUGUUCAUCAACAUCGACAGCCACAGGGCGUGCAAAGUGUGAGUCAGCAACAGGUUGUGCCUCAGCAGGCGAUCCAUCAGAUCGGUCAGAUGAAUCCGCACUCGGAGAGUACGCUGCCUCAACAAGUUUCAAACGCUCAAUCCCAUCGUCCUUUUGUGCCCUACGGUUCGCGAGAGUAUUCUCCACGGAAGAAUAACCAGGCGAUUUCCUCCAAUCUGCCUGAAGUUACAGCGACGUCGCAACCAGGCAUACAGCAGGUUUCAAACGUUUUGGUUAUGAAUCAAGGAAAAAUAAAAAAUGAGGAUCAGACGAAUGUUGAUGAAGUCGAUUACGAGAAACAACCGGUAGGAGGCCGAAAUGCAAUGGUUUACAGACGAGCAAUGCUGGGCAAAGUACAGCCUAACUUGCUGAAUCCUAUGGAUCCUGUUACAUUAAACUCACCUAACGUUGAUCAUCUGAAUCAGUGUCCUUCGCGUAGUCCCGUUUUACCGCACACGAAUUUUCAGAAUCCUCAGCAGAUUUAUCAGCAUCUGCAGCAGAACAUGGUACAGCAGCAACAGAUGCAGCAGAGGGCUAACAAUUAUCAAACGCAGAUGAUGGGGAAUCAACAGCAAGUAGGAGGCCAAAUAGCUCCUGCGAAUUAUAAUCCUCAGCAGCUUGGAAGCUAUUUUCCUGGUCAAGGAAUGACUUCCCCUCAAGAUGUAGCGACCAGUCAAUUAAAAAAUUCAAGAAUGAUUGGAUCAAGUCAACCGAAUCAUAGGAAUUUGGAUUGCGCGAUGAAUGUACAAAAUGGAUGGAACAGCAAUAAUCAGAUGGCUGAACAUUCCAGCAUUAAGGCCCAAUUGAAAUCUUACAACAUUGACGUGGUAAACGGUAACCAGGCACUCUGUAGACUACAGAAUCAACAACAGCAAUUGAUGCCUCAAUAUCAGCAACAGCCUGUGCAACUGCAACACUCUGUACAUCAGCAACAGCCUGUGCAACUGCAACACUCUGUACAUCAGCAACAUCCUAUGCAUCAGUAUCAGCAGUUGUGUAGAAAUCCUGUACAGGGAAACGCGAUUGUACAAAGACAACAAGGUCUGAUGGCCUAUAAUCAGCCAGGAACUAAUCAACAGACGAAUCCCAAUCAACAAAUGGUUCCUACUCAGCAGUUCAAUCCCCAGCAAUCCCAAGACAGUCAUUCAAAAGAACAAACUGGAAGAAAGAAGCCUUUGAAGUUUACUGUCGCUAUGAUUCGCGAUCAGGAAAAAUUGUUGGCCACUAUGAAGCAGCAAGGAGUACCUUUGGAGAUCAUGCAAAGACAGUUCGAGAUGUUACUGAACGAGCAACGAAAGCUAUUAGAGUACGUGGAGGUUUUACAACAACAAGGAGAAUUUCCGGAAGGAACAAAGCUGGUAGUGAAGAAUCGCAAAAAAAAACAGGAAGAUGAAAAGCCUGAAUGGAUGAUUCAUUUGACGCCUACGAGAUUAUCCUAUCUGCAAAUUGAGAAAAUACAGGAACAACGAAGAAGGGAACAGGAAGCUCGGGAAAUGGAGAUGAUGCAACAGCAACAACAACAUCAGCAGCAACAACAGCUGCAACAACAACAGCAACAACAACAGCAACAACAACAGCAGAUGAUGGGCCAAAUGUCUAGUCAGCAAGUUCUUGUCCAGGUUCCUGUUCAGAGUGCGAAUCAGCAGUACCAUCAGCACUGGCAACAGCAACAGGCUAAUUGGCAGCAGCAACAGAGGGCUUUACAGAAUUACACGAAUAACAUGCAUUCCCAACUUUACACUGUUCCAGUAUCUGGCAAUGUGAACGAUCCGAUGAAAUCUAUGAAUUAUCAACAAAAUAUGCCACAGAGUCAGUAUGUUCACCAACAAUCUCAUCAGCAGUACUAUAAUCAACCUCAAUUGCAACAAUAUCAGCAGUUUUAUCAGCCUAUUCUUCAAGAAAAUCAAGAACAAGUCCAAUCUUCCAGUCAGUCUACGGAGCCGUGUAGUUUGUUAAAAAUGCGUCAAUAUAAAAACGACAUUCGGCCACAGAGGCGAAAUAACGGAUUGCAGGAUCCAGCAGCGGCGAAGGAGCUGCUGGAGAAUGAAAGAUUGCCGAUGGAAACUAGAAGAGGACUAGAAUAUCUGGCUAAUUUGGCUCCUAAGAAGAUGAAUGUAAUAAAGCUGAACGGAUUGCAAGAUCGCACCGAGGCAGAAACAGAGUUUCAGCGUCGUUUGAUCACGUCUAUUUUACCGCCACCUGCUAACAAAGUGUCUGCAAAUGGCUUGGCGAACUCGAGGAAUACGAACAAUCCUCCGUCUCAACGAUUACUAAACCAGAGGAAGAUUGAACAGGAAUAUUUGAAAGAAUAUCCCAGACAGAAAUCAAAUAUUCCAAAUAAUUACUACAGCGUGCAAGCCGAAAGAGAAAAUGGCACCGUAGCCAUGGAUCAGCCACAAUUGAUCGUCCAACAACAGUUACCAGAUCAGAAUUCGAUGAGUCUCGUUCCUUACGCCGAGAGAAAUCUAAUGGUAAAUCGUGGAAACGUGAUGCCGUUUAAGUUCGAUGGAAAUUAUCCUCAGCACUAUCAACAGAUGCAACAGUAUUAUCAAAACACGAAGAAUUUAGGGAGGAACAAUGGCGAAGGCGAUGUCGGAUCGAGCCAGAGGAUAGAACAAAAUAAGGGAAGCUUCCAUCAUGCUGGUGGCGACGCUAGUGGAAAUAUGAAUGGUUCGAUGAAUGGACAAAUGGCAAUGGAGGAUAAGAUGCUACCUGAAAAGGUGUAUUACAGCCAACCGGAUAUUCACGAAUCCAGGACCAUCGGGGGUGUGAGAUAUUUGGCGAGAAAGCAGGACUACUUGCCUAAUCAGCAGAUCGUGGCACCAGAAACUCUGAUUGCAAACAGACACGUGCAACCCCCGAUGAUGUACUAGUAAUACGAACUUUUUGAGAUUCUUUUAUUUUUGUUUUAUAAUCCCGUUUUGUUUGAUAUGUGCUUUGUGAAUUUUUAGAUGAGCGUUUAUUAUAUUUGUGAUUUUGUACAUGCGACCUUUUUAAUUGUUUUAUGACGAACCAGGUGCUUUGAACGAAACAGAUCGUUGAUCUGAUCAAUUUCAAGGGACGUGGUUUAGAUUUUUAUGAUUUCUCAGAAUAAAAUGUCUU